AUGCUUCUAUCUACUCUCCUCCUUUCUACUCUGGCUGCCACAGUUUUUGCAGCUCCUACCGCUGCCAAGGUAGUGGCUUUGCCAGUGACCAGACACCACAACACCACUCGUCACCCUGCUCUUUCAAAGAGAUCCUCAACCUACCAGAUCCCAAUCACCAACAAGGAGUACUACUACUCCGUUGCUCUGUCUCUGGGAACUCCUGCUCAGGACUUUAACGUGAUUCUGGACACCGGAUCUUCUGACCUCUGGGUGUUCGCAUCCAACGCUACACAGUCUUGUGAGAACCACGCCUGUGACUUCACCGGCCAGUUCAAUGCCCUCGACUCUUCCUCCUACCAUUUCAUUGGAAAUAACUACUCUAUCGAGUACGUCUCUGGUGAUAAUGCUACUGGUAACUGGGGAACUGACACUCUGUCCAUCGGGUCGGUGAAGCUCGAGAACCUCCAGUUUGCUGCUGUAACUCACACUUCUGCUCAGAGCGGUAUCCUUGGAAUUUCUCUACAGGGCUCUGAGUCUGUUGUGUUCGUGAAGAACGAGUACCCCAAUUUCCCCGUUCAGCUCGUCAACCAGGGAUGGAUUGACCGAACCGUCUACUCGCUUUACCUGAACUCCAUUAAUGCUACUGAGGGUACUCUGUUGCUAGGAGGCAUUGAUACGGCUAAGUACUCUGGUCACCUGGAGGUGCUGGACCUGGCUGACCACGACGACUUCUCCGUUCCCUACAGCGACGUGUCUUGGAACGGAAAUUCGUAUGGACGAGCCAGUGCUGCUGUUUUUGACUCUGGAACCUCGUACAUUUAUAUGCCCAAUGAUGUCUUCUACGGUCUGUCCAGUGAUAUCAACCUAAACGAAACUACCAAUGCUGACACCAACUUGCAGUACAUCGCCUGCGAUGCCGAUAUCAAUGUUGUCGUGACAUUUGGAAACACCGACAUCACUCUUGGAGCUGACCAGCUCGUUCUUCACCUAUCUGAGUUGCUUGACGAUAAGACCCAGACAGAGUGUGUUUUUGGCAUCCAAUCAACAGAUUAUUCUAGUGAUAACAUUCUGUUUGGCGAUGUGUUCCUCAGAUCUGUAUACGCCGUUUACGAUCUCGACAACUACCAGAUCGGUGUCGCUCAAGCUGUCUACACUGACGAGACCAACAUUGUUGCUGUUGGAGCCAAUGACAACAUCUGA